AAGUAUACUGUUUAUGAAAGUGGAAAAAGAGAUGACGAAACCACGAAAGAAAUUCUUAUUUAUAAGUCAAUUUUUAAACAUUUACACCUUUUGUUUUUUAAAUCAUCUACUUUUAAUAAAUCAACUCAAAGAAAACAAUCACAUAAUGAAUCGGUGCAAAUUAAUUUAUCACAGGAUGAAUCUAUUCAAGGACUUAAUGAACUUAUUCGUGAAUUUAAAAGUGAUGACCCAACGAUUAAGAAUUUUAAAAGCGAUGACCCAACGAUUAAGAAUUUUAAAAGCGAUGACCCAAGAAUUGAGAAUUUUAAAAGUGAUGACCCAACGAUUGAGAAUUUUAAAAACAAUGACCCAACAAUUGAGAAUUUUAAAAGUGAUGACCUAACGAUUGAGAAUUUUAAAAGCAAUAACCCAACAAUUGAGAAUUUUAAAAGCGAUGACCUAAUGAUUGAGAAUUUUAAAAACAAUGACCCAACGAUUGAGAAUUUUAAAAGCGAUGACCCAAUGAUUAAGAAUUUUAAAAGCAGAGAAUUACUUGAAUUACUAGUCCUG